AUGUCUCAAGCCGACGUCGACCAGCUUGCCCGUUGGCGAACCCUUGGUGCGAGGCGUUCCGCCGAGGUGCUCGACAUCGCUCCCCGUGUCCUGGCGUCCGGUCGCUUGUCAGACUCUGAGCAGCUCGCCGUGGCGGCCAUUGACAUGGGUCAGAUUGGAGUGGCGACUAUCCGCCUCCUCGAGGCUAAGUUCCGCAAGUCGCCGCGAGUCGACAUUCUCCUCGGACUGAGGCUGGAGGCGCACGGCGAGGUGGAGAAGGCGCGGCAGAUCUACGAGAGGCUGCUGAAGGAGGACCAGUGCAACGUUUCCGCACACCGCCGCCUGAUUGCGAUCUCGCCUAACCCCAUCCCUCCACUUGUGCGCUACCUCGACACCUUCCACACCGACCCGGAAGGAUGGUCCCUGCUCGCGGACCUGUACGCAGACGAUGGAGCGUAUGCGCAGAGCAUGACCGCCCUCGGUCAACUGAUGCUGCUGCAGACGUGGGACGCGCAGGCGGUCGAGCGAGCGGGCGAGACGGCGUACACGUCCGGCGACCUGCAGUUGGCGCUGAAGUACUUCCUUCGCGCGAUCGAGAUGGCGACGGCGCCGGAGGGCAACACGAUCCCGCAGAACACUCGCGCAUGGUGGGGCGUCAAGCAGUGCGCUGAGCGCCUCCUCGCCAACCCGAAGAUGGAGACCAGCGUGCCCGACAAGGACAUCACCAAGCCGGAUACGCUCAGGAAGCUGGACGCGCUCGCGGCACAGAUGAUUCUCAAGCCCGAGGGCAGGAGCCUCAGGCUCAGGAGGCAGGCGCUCGGCGAGGCGCAGGUUGCGAAGUAG